CAUAAUUGGUUUUUCCUUUAAAAGGAAUGCAAACUCCCACAAUGCCAUGCAUGCUUGAGCUUUUCAGAAAAUUGGGCACGGUUACUACAGUGAAGCAGACUCAUCUAUAUUAGUAACUACGUACUCAUCUUGAUACUCUGCACCCCUCCCUUGUACGCCUGGCCUUUCUGCUUAUCUUCCUACGACUUGAAAUUGCAUUGGAAGGAAGCGGACAGAGAAGAGAAGGGGAAAAAUGAAAGGGGAAGCACACGAGGAAUUAGCCUUUGAAUCUCUGCCUCCAGCUUUGCAACGAAAGUUCUUCUCCAAUGUCGAACGCCUUCGUCUAGCUCAAGAUGAUCGCUGGGAUGGUAUUCACUAUCAGCGCCGCUUGGCUAGAGUGCCUCGCCAUUUCCCCUUUUGUACCCUUCAGGGUCGCUCCUAUCCAACAUCCGCCAUAAAAUCCAUCAAUAGGAAUAAGAGGUGCCACCCGCACAAGUCUUCCUUUCUAAACACGACUAAGAAGCUCCGCAAAGCCGACUCGUUCCAGUUGGCCCAUCUUGCCGUCCAAGUAGACUCGCGAUGCUUCCAUUCAUUACCACCUAAGAUCCAGCAGAAACUCUUCUCCAAAGAAGAACGGAGUUGGUUUCACCAAACGCAGUUUGAAGCUCGGUUCUUCGAUGCUGCCGUUGAAGCGCCUUACCCGCUAGAGAAAGCAAGCCGUUCCUGGCAUCAGCGUCCUGAAAUUCAGCCCUCGGACAGAAACUCUACUACGACCUCACAGUCAUCCACCUUAUACUUCGACUUCUCGGAUUCGGAUUCCAGCUCUGAUACCGACAUGGACGACUCGCUCUAUGAUAACUUCCGUUGGUUUGAAAAGGAUGGGGAUCUUGACCUAAGGCUGGACGAGUACCACGCGCAUGUUGCCAAGUCGAUGUCGAACUUGCCGCCCCAAAGGCGGCUUUCUUUUCGAACGGCAGUAUCGUUUAAUCCAGGCGUUUCAAGUCGCAAACCGAUAUCGGCAGUGUCGCGUCAAAAAGCGCAACCCUUGCGACGGUCGUCGACGUUUCCGACAGCGCCGAUGAAUAUCACGGCUCGUAAUUCAAGUUCUCGACCCUCAUCGAGCCAAAGUCAAGCCCAUACACCUCGAUCAUCCAGUAUCGAUCCAUCGGCGCAAUAUUAUCAGGACCCUGAGGCCCGCCUAAAACUGCGGCUCUACCUGGCCUCACCGCAAAACUUUGAUGAAGCUGUUGAGUUUGGUUUCCCGGCUCUAAACAAUGAGAGAAUCAUGCCAGUCGAGCGGGCACCAGCUGAGAUUGAAACGAAGCCUCAAACAUUUAUCGGCACGUUCCUCGACGACGAGGACACGUCAGUUUCAGUCGAACGGUGCGAGAAGCGAAUGCACGUAUCUCAAUUAUCAUAUGUCAUGCAAUACUCUCGCUCAUCACCCCUUGAAUGCCUAGAUCCAAGACACCAGCCAUGGCUGUUACCACCAAGGUCUGGAAACAAGCAGUAUCCAGGUAGUGACCGCGAAAUGACUCUGAAGAUGACGCUAACGAGACCCGACCUUCGGACGACCGUGCCACCACCCAAGGUGGACCCACUGAAGCUGCCACUGGAGGAUAGCGGUUCCCACCUAUGGGGAUCUAGUGAGGACGAACAAGGCUUGAUGAGGAAAAUGUGGCGUAAGUUUCGGAAACAGAAAUACUGAGCUUUCGCCCUUAAUACCAUCUUAUGAAUAGGCUUUGGUAGCGCCAUCGGAAAUAAGAUAUAGUAUUGUACCUUCCAUAUUUAAGAACUCUACAAAUCCUCAGUAGCCACCAGUAACUUCAGAACAUAUAACAAACUGUUUUCUAGGAUUGCACGGAUUUUCG